AUGACGAGAGAGAGGCAGAUGAGUCUGCUGGCAGCCCGGCGCUCAAGAGAGGCUGUCGUUGUGGCUGUGGACGCCGACAGGACCAAAGGAACCAUGGAAGCUGUCGAGUGGGCUCUCAAGCAUGUCGUUCGUCCACGAGACAUCUUCCUUGUUUUGGGAGUUUUCAAUGAUCAACUGGCCAAGAAGAACUCUUGCUUUCCAUUUAAGCUGCUAAUGGACAUUGUCACAUCUGGGGAGAGAUUAGAAUUCAUUGACCAUGAGGAAGUGGAUCCUAUAGAGCUUGAAGAAGAAUUUGAGAGAAAAAGAGAACAAUACCGGAGUAGCCUCCAGCCUUUAUAUGGUCUGUGCAUAAGGAAUGAGGUGAGGUUGGUGCUUAAAGUUGCAGCAGGGUUUUGUCCAGUGAGAGUGGCAAUGGAUGAAUCACAAAACCUUAAUACCCGAUGGAUCGUAUUAGACAGUCACUUCAGGAAAUCUAAAGUUUUUCUAAAGGGACAUGUAUCAUGCAAUAUUGCGGUAGUAAAAGAAAAAGAGUUUGCUAGCUUGAUGCUAUCAAACGAGCCUGAGAUUUCUCCAUGGAAUCCUGAACCAAAGCAUCCUGUGGAAGAGGACAGUGAAGGUUUCAGUAUGUAUCAAUUAAGAAAGAAAUGUGCACCCGCACCACAUCCCCAGAGUCGUUGUUGCUAUCCCAUGUCUUGGAGAAGCGGCUUCCCUCGAGCAUUUUCGCAUAAUGAACUUGAAGCAAUAACAAAUGGCUUUGCUGAUGGCAAUAUUGCAGGAGCACUGGAUGGCGUACUAGUUUAUCAGGGAAUAUUGCAAGAAACAUCUGUUUUAGUCAAGUUUUACCCAGAAACCAACAAGGGCUUGAGGUCCACACUUAAGAUCCUUUCUCGGGUGUACCACCGCAAUAUCAUGAACCUUGUUGGGUACUGCAGCACAGGUGCUUCUACAUUCUUGAUUUUCGACUUCCCAUGUUUGGGUACUGUUGAAAUGAACUUUCAAUGUGAUGAGUUGGCUCGGAAUCUGGGGUGGAGAGUGAGGUGGUCUAUUGCUCUAGAAAUAGGCGGAAGCUUGCGCUAUCUUCACGAGGAGUGUGUUGACGGACCUAUUGUUCACAAAUCUCUUCGUUCUAGUAAAGUUGCUCUUUCUCAUGGUUACUCUGCAAUGCUUUACAACUUCACAACUGCUGAAUGGCUUACGAGUGAUUUCCCCCCUAAUGAAGAUCUGAUAGCCGAAAGCCCGAAUUUGGAGGGAGACGAGCGCCUUUCUGUGGAUGUACAUGAUUAUGGGAAAUUCCUACUGGAGCUUAUAGUAGGAAAGAGUGCAGGGAAGGGCCAGUCCAUGAUUGAUUGGGCAUUGCCACUUCUGGAAAAUGGUGAGCUAUGUGAACUGAUGGACUCCAGAGUGACAGAAAUUGCUGGUGAUGCUAGGAUGGUUCGGCAUAUGGCUCGUGCUGCAUUGCGCUGCCUAAAAAUUGAUUCAGAUCAUAAGCUUUCUAUAAGUGAGGCCUUAGCCAUUGUGCGAGGGGAUGAACUUGCGACAUUCAAGCAGUGA